ACCUUUUUCCGCUAUAGUAGUACAUUCCUCUCCCCUCAAAACAUUUCAGAGCUCAGUAUAGUAUAUCCUCCCAAACAUCGCCUUCCCACCUACCCACCCCCACCCCUACAAAUCUUCAAUCUCCCUACCCCCACGCACCCACGCACCCACCCACCCACUCAACCCGAGAGUGACACUAUCCAUAUAUAGCUAACCUAUACAUAUACCGAUAGAUAAUAUAUUUUCUCUCUCUAUAUACACUCUCUUCAUCUCCGAUCGUCUUUUCCGAUUCCGACGUUGCUCUUUUUCGCCGGUAAGUUAAUUUAUCAAUUUGAUAGAUUGUGUAAUAUUGAUAUGAAUUAGGUUAUAUAUUUGUAUAUGCCUUCGAUUAAAUCGACAUAGGGGGAGUAAGUAAUUUUAAUGGGGCAUAAGAAGCGAACAGUCGCUCCUCGCUCCAAACCCUUAACUUCACCACCGCCGGCAGCAGCAGCAGCGGCGGCGAUAUCGGAAGAUGGUUCGCCGCCGUCGAUUGAUGCUGCUGAACUAAACCUAAGUUCAACGAUUACGAACGGAUCGUUGAGUAAAAAUGAUGCGUUGGCAGUGAUUAAUUAUGAGAAUAAUGUUAGUUCGUCGUCGUCGGAUUCGUCGUCGUCGUAUGGAGCAAUUAAGCUUGAAUGUGAGCGUGCGUUAACGUCGUUGAGGCGAGGGAAUCAUACGAAAGCGUUGAGGUUGAUGAAGGAGUUGUCGAGUAAGUAUGAGAGUUCACCUCAUUCGGCGUUGAUUCAUAGGGUUCAAGGGACGGUUUGUGUGAAGGUGGCGUCGAUUAUUGAUGAUCCUAAUACGAAACAGAGGCAUUUGAGGAAUGCGAUUGAGAGUGCUAGGAAAGCGGUGUCCUUGUCUCCGUGCUCGGUUGAGUUUGCGCAUUUUUAUGCGAAUUUGUUGUAUGAAGCAGGGAAUGACGGGAAGGAGUAUGAGGAAGUUGUUCAGGAGUGUGAAAGAGCGUUGGCUAUUGAAAAUCCUAUUGAUCCUGCGAAAGAGAGUUUGCAGGAGGAGAGUCAACAGAAGAUCUCCUCACCUGAAGGUCGGAUAUCUCAUAUACAUGGUGAGCUUCAUAACUUGAUUCAGAAGUCAAAUUUUCCUUCAAUUUCUACUUGGAUGAAGAAUAUAGGUACCGGGGAGGAGAAAUUCAGGUUAAUUCCAAUUAGGAGGGUGUCUGAGGACCCAAUGGAAUUGAGAUUGGUUCAAGGCCGAAGGCCGAAUGAAAUUAAGAAGGCGACUAAGACACCUGAAGAGAGGAGAAAGGAGAUUGAGGUUCGUGUAGCUGCCGCUAGGCUGUUGCAGCAGAAGUCAGAAACUGUCAAAUCACAGAAUGAUGGAGAUAAAGGUUUGGAUUCAAUGGCAGGAUUGGGUCAGAGAGCAAGUGAUAGGAGGAAGAGUGGAAAUGCAAAGAAGAAUGCUUCUUCCACAGAGAGAAGGAAUUGGGUGCAGUCAUAUUGGAAUUCCAUAAGUUUGGAUGUGAAGAAAGAAUUGCUUAGAAUUAGAAUUUCAGAUCUUAAGGCACAUUUUACUGUUUCUAAGGAUCGUUUUGCUAUUGAAGUACUAUCUGAUGCUCUUCCAUUUGCCGAGACCCAUAAAACAUGGAAGUUUUGGAGAUGUUGCCGGUGCAAUGAAACAUUUGCUGAUUCUCAAUCACACGUUCAUCAUGUUGUGCAUGAUCACAUGGGAGCUUUGCUGCCUAAAAUGCAGUCAGUUUUGCCUCAAAAUGUUGAGAAUGAGUGGGCUGAGAUGCUUCUGAAUUGUUCUUGGAAACCGUUAGAUGUUAAUGUGGCAGUGAAAAUGCUUGAUAAACAAUCAAAACCUCAAGACCAUGGUUUUCUAGAUGAGUCCUAUGGAAGAGAUGAUGGAGAAAGGCCUGAGGAUGGCUACUUGGAGGCUCUCUGCCAUGAAGACGAAUGGGACUCAUCCACUAGAAGGAAGAAAGUAGGGGAUAGACCCAAUGGAAAUAUGGUUGAGAGCAGAAAAAAUGAUAAGAUCUCAGAUGUUGACUUUAUGGAUUGUGAUGAAGAUGGUGGUCCGAAGAUUUGUAUACUUCCUGAAGGCUUGCCACUGUCUGAUGACCCUGAGCGAGCAAAGCUUCUUGAAAGAAUCCGUGCUGUGUUUGAGGUUCUUAUUAAAAAUAAAUAUCUUGCUUCAACCCACCUUAGCAAGGUUAUGCAUUUUGCGGUGGAAGAACUUCAGGCUCUCCCUUUUGGCUCUCAACUUCUUAACUACAAUAUUGAUCAAAGCCCUCUGUGCAUAUGCUUUUUGGGUCCCGAAGAACUGAAAAAGGUACUAAAGUAUUUGCAAGAACUUUCUCAUUCUUGUGGCUUAGGGAGGUAUCCUGAGAAAAUUGGUGCUGUGGAUGAAACAAACAAUGGAUGUCAUGGAGGAUUUGACAAUCUAGAGAAAGUAGUUUUCACCGAGGACAGCACAUAUUUGUUGUUUGAUCUGCAUAUCCUGCAGCGCCAUCUUUCUCCCAACUCAUGUCCUGAUGCAGUUUCUGAUGACAGAAAUGCAGCAAUUUUGUCUGGUAAUCAGUAUCAAGAUGGAGUUUCAAUUGACCCGGAUGCAUUACUGUCCUGGUUAUUCACUGGUCCAUCAAGCGUUGAAGCUUUGGAAUCAUGGGCACGUGCAAGAGAUGAGAAAAGUCAACAAGGUAGGGAAAUUCUCCGAUUGCUUGAGAAGGAGUAUUACGACCUCCAGGGCUUGUGUGAGAGAAAGUGUGAGCACCUGAGUUAUGAGGAAGCACUGCAAGCAGUAGAAGAUCUUUGCUUAGAAGAGGGUAAAAGAAGAGAACAUGAAACAGAAUUUGUCCGACAAAGCUACGACUCUGUCUUGAGAAAGCGACGAGAACUCAUAGAAAGUGACAAUGACGCUACGAUUAUCAGCAAUAGGUUUGAGUUGGAUGCUAUAUCACAUGUUCUGAAGGAAGCGGAAUCUCUCAAUGUCAAUCAGUUCGGAUAUGACGAAGCUUACGGUGGUGGAAUGUCUCAAUUUUGUGACUUGGAGUCUGGCGAAGAGGAUGAUUGGAGACUGAAGGACUACCUUCAUCAGGUGGACUCUAGUGUGGAAGUUGCAAUACAGAGACAGAAGGAAAAUGUCUCCAUUGAGCUUAGUAAAAUUGAUGCACGAAUUAUGCGGGUGGUUACCGGAAUGCAGCAGUUGGAAUCAAAGCUUGAGCCAGCAUCCGCCCAUGAUUACCAACGGAUUGUAGUGCCUCUAUUGAAAUCAUUUCUGCGGGCACACUUGGAGGACCUGGCUGAGAAGGAUGCUACUGAGAAAUCUGAUGCUGCAAGGGAAGCUUUUCUGGCUGAACUUGCACGUGAUUCUGAGAAGAGUUUAAGUGGGGGAAAUGAGAAGUCUAAACAUGCCCAUGAAAGGACAAAGGACAAGAAAAAGAACAAAGAAUAUCGAAAAGCAAAGGAUUUAAAGCCUAACAUUGGCAAUGAAUUGCAUGUGCUUCAUCAUGAGACCGUGGAACAUGUCUCAUUUCCACUUGCUCAUGAUGGAGAUGAUCAAGAGAGUGAAAUUCCUCAAACUGGUAAUUCCUUAGAUCAACAGGAGGAGGAGGAGUACAAACGUAUGAUUGAGCUUGAAGCCGAGGAAAGGAAGCUUGAAGAAACUUUAGAGUAUCAAAGAAGAAUUGAGAAUGAGGCUAAGCUGAGACAUCUGGCCGAGCAACAUAAGAGAGCUGCAAAAACAAUUCAAGAGAAUAUAGAUGCAGUUGCGAAUCCUGACUCUUACCCAUAUCAAAAAAUGAAUUCUGACACUUACUUGAAGAACGAUGCACUAUUAAACAGUUCAGAAGGUCUUUCGAAGAGCUUUCCAGAGAGAAUGGCACGAAGAGAUGGAUCGUCAAACAAUGUGACUCUAGGGGAUGGUAUAUUGAUAGCUGAUAAGCGAUCCGGAAGAAAAGGCAGGCGCCAGAAAGAUUCGUCUAAAUCUAGUGAGGGGAAUUAUCAAUCUGGUUCUUCUGGAAGGGAAAACUCUGAAGUUAGUGAAUCAAAAGCUCUGGAUUCUUCACAUGAAAAUAAUGGCACCAGAGAGGGUGGAACGAAGACAUUGAGACAGCUACAUGUAGAGGAGGAUGAUGAAGAAAGGUUCCAAGCUGACCUCAAGAGAGCUGUACGCCAAAGUCUUGAUGCAUUCCAUGCACAUCAGAAAUUUCCCUUGAUGGCAAGUGCAGGGGCACAGAGGAUGAUCUCUGAAACAGGGGAUUUGGGCAAUGAAAUUAGUUUUGGAAGUGUCAAAGAAAUGGAUGUAUAUGGCACUGGGCUAAAGAAUGAAGUUGGAGAAUACAAUUGCUUUCUAAAUGUCAUUAUACAGUCCUUGUGGCAUCUAAGACAAUUUCGAGAUGAGUUUUUGAGAAGAUCAUCAUCCGAACAUUAUCAUGUGGGCGAUCCAUGUGUGAUAUGUGCUUUGUAUGACAUAUUCACUGCUCUGAACACGGCUUCAACUGAGAUGCAGCGAGAGGCUAUUGCUCCUACUUCUCUGAGAAUUGCCCUCAGCAACCUUUAUCCCGAUAGUAAUUUCUUUCAGGAGGCUCAAAUGAAUGAUGCUUCCGAAGUGCUGGGUGUAAUAUUCGAUUGCCUACACCGAUCAUUUACAUCAACUUUAGGCAUGUCAGAUGCUGAAUCUGCAGAUAGCAGCUGUAUGGGCUCUUGGGAUUGCUCAAGUAGUGCUUGUACUGUGCAUUCUCUUUUUGGGAUGGAUAUUUUUGAACGAAUGAACUGCUAUAACUGCGGAUUGGAGUCUAGACAUCUGAAGUACACAUCGUUCUUUCAUAAUAUUAAUGCCAGUGCUCUCCGAACAAUGAAGGUUAUGUGCCCAGAGAGCUCAUUUGACGAGCUUCUGAAUCUUGUUGAGAUGAACCAUCAGUUGGCUUGCGAUCCUGAGGUUGGUGGAUGUGAGAAACUUAACUAUAUUCAUCACAUUCUCUCUGCUCCGCCACAUUUUUUCACAACGGUUUUAGGUUGGCAGAAUACUUGUGAGGAUGUAGAUGACAUAAAAGCGACAUUAUCAGCUUUAUCUACUGAAGUGGACAUCGGUGUCCUUUAUCGCGGUCUUGAUCCGAAAAACAAACAUUGCUUAGUUUCUGUGGUUUGCUACUACGGACAGCAUUAUCACUGUUUUGCCUACAGUCAUGAUAGUGGACAGUGGAUCAUGUAUGAUGACAAAACCGUAAAGGUAAUUGGUGGCUGGGAUGAUGUUCUCGUUAUGUGUGAAAGAGGGCAUUUACAACCACAGGUCCUUUUCUUCGAAGCUGUAAACUAGUCCAGCCAGCAAAUGGUACCUCUCUAAUAGUCGAAAGAUAAUCUGGAUUAGCGUUGAUUUCUUUUAAGCUGUAAAUCUAUUUCAGCUUAGAAAAUAUACCUCCCUAAACUGCAAUGAAGAUGUGCUACUAUGCUUUUCCAUUCAAUCGACAAAGGCAAUGACAAUAUUUGUGCACUGAUGUUAUUCAAGAGACCUUCAAUGUUACAAAGUUGUGUAAGAAACUGUACUAUACCAUCAGAAAUUCGUCGACGAGAUGAAGAGAAAAUAGGAGUAAUUGGUCCUGCUAGCGAGGCAAACUUCCUUAAAUUUGUGUAUUAUGGUGGAAGUUAUCAGAGGAUUGGAAAGAGAAAUGUAAGUUAUGGUGCUCUUGACACUUGGCAGCAUUGGCAAAGUCAAGUCUUGCGUCAUCUGAAAAUUUUGAAUCCUUACAAUAAGGUGGCGUGGUUGAAGAAAGUAGUAGUUGUCACCAGUUUCGUGGUCAUGAGGAACGUGUAGAUGUUUGAUUUCCGAAUGGCAAACAUAACCUACUAUUACCAGAUAUUGCUUCUGUACACAGGUAAUGAAUCAUGUCUUUCACUUCCAAUGUAAGCAAGUCUGUAUAGAUUGGCAAUUUGUCUGUAGUCUUUUAGUGAUGCAGUCAGUAGUAAAUCUUCUAUGCUCCUAUAUUCAUUUUGUUGUUUCCUCUUUGAGGAAAAAGAAUUUUGAGUGCCCAGAAGUUACGGGAACUUUGUAUUACGGAUGUCUUAUGAUAUUUAAUGAAAGCGAAGACACUAUAGUUGCUUGUCAGCAGAAAAGCAACUUGUCGAAAUUCGGACUUGAAACUUCUGGCUUGUAACAGGUUCCAGUAUUUUUUUCCGUAAUGUAUUUCUGUGUAUUUUAAGUGUA